AUUUCUUCUCCCUUAUCCCUCUAUCCAUCCGUUUCCCUUUCUCCCUUCGAAGGAAUUUCAAGUUUGCGCAGAGGGUUUUACCCGUUUUCUGCUUCAGCAUCUGCAAAUUCCCGGAAGAACAAAUUCGAAGACAACGAGCUCAUGAUUGAGGUCGGUGCUUUACGUUCUUCUUCCUUUCGAGGAUAAAGUCCUUUGAAGUAAAUGAUUCGGUGCUCAGCUGGGGAUAAUGGUGUUGGUAACCCAUAAAUUGCAGGGUUCACAAAUCCUGUUUCCUCGGAGUUCACCGACAUGGAGCGAGGGCUUGUUUCUAAGGCAACCUGUUGCUAGGGUGAAUGUUGUGGGGAGGAAAGAAGAAUACUUGCGACUAAGACAGCCUUGUCGUUUGAGUUUAGGGGCCCCUUGUAAUGGUAGGCUGAAGGCAAAACCUUUUGGAGUUACAUCUUUCAAAGGUGGCAUCCACAAUAGUGACAUUGGAGGAAGUGAGAACGGAACAAAAGUUACCAAUAACUCGGUUAAACUAUCUUACCAUCACGAUGAUGACGAAAAUAACCUAAAAGGCUCUCCAAAGGCGCAAAAUAGGUCUCUAUCAUAUACCUCUGACCCGGAGGACUCUAUUUCAGGACAGCCAUCUAUUCAGAAGCUUUUUAAGAAAUGGUUAACAAUGUUGUGCUCUCAAUCACCUGCUGAAGAAAUCAAUGGAGUUUUGGAGGAACAACUUCCUCCGGUGACAAAGCCAGAAACUCAAACAGAGAUCGGGAAGACGGAAAGGGUCCAGCAUACAAAUACAGUCUGGUCCCUGUUAUGGAGUCUAGAUGCCACUAUCAAGAUUCCCUUGCUGUUAUUUAUCCCGGGUUUUGUAGCUGUCAACGCAAUCUAUGGAGCCGGAGUUACGAAAGAGUUGUUGCCUUUGUGGGUGAUCGGUCCUCUGGUGGUUGCUCUCUAUAUCAAGAUGUUCCAAGGGCUAUGUGCCUUAUAUGCCUUCUGCUUCAGUAAAACCGUCAAUAUCGUCAAAAACUUACCGGCUUAUGCCAUUCUUGCCUACAAUUACAUCAUCCAAGGCAAACUCAGAGAAGACGUACGAGGUUUCGUGGUGAGACCAGUAGUGGCAAUCAGAGGCAUGGAUUAUAGGAAGGUUGCAAGAACCAGACUGAAGUUGUUACAAGACUGGAUAGUUGAGAAGUACUUGGAUUUCGUUGAAUCUAUAUGGCCAUAUUACUGCAGAACUAUCCGAUUCCUGAAAAGGGCAAAUCUGAUUUGAUGCAUCGGAUUCUCUCCCGAGCAUUGGAACCAGAUUUUUCUGAAUUCUCUCGGGUCCGAGUUGAAAAGGGUCGACGCUUUUUUUUUUCCCACAGCCUCCCAAAAAAAAGAUUUGCUGGGUGUUUGAGCUGGGGGAAGAGAAGAGGCUUUUGGAUGGAGAGGACAUGAAAAUUGGAUUUGCUGCUUGCUGGGUUGUGUUUGGUAAAACAUGUUUUUGAGAUUCUUGAAUCAUAUGAGGCUUUUGGUGAUGUCUGAUCUGUCUUUAUCCAACGUAUAUGUAUACACUGUGUCACGUUUUUUUGAGGUUUCUCUUAUAGGAGAGGUUGUCUUUAUGCUUAGAUUUCUUCUGUUUAUUCA